AACGGCGUGAGAGAAAGCCUUUGAUUCAUCCACCACCACCAUCAACGGAUGAGAACAACCAUCGUCUUUGAUUCGUUGUUAACAACCCCUCUCCCAUCUAGUUCAUGUUUCCCCGCUCAGCCAUCGCAUUCCCGCUGACAUACGCAACUAAGACGUUGACAAAAGCACGUGCAUCGUUCCGGUCCUAUCGCAAACGGCCCUUUUUAGGCCCUCUUAUCUUGGAAAGCAAGUUACACGUCCUGCAGCGGAACUACGACACGCCAUCCGCCCAGCCUCACCACUCAAUCGACUCCCUUUUGGUAUCCGACUCUCUGCCGAUCGUGACCACCAGGUCCGUGCUGACAACACUGACCUUUUCACGCCAUAGUCUGCCUACAUAUAAGCUUGCCUCUACGUGAAAACUUGGUUGAGAUCAAGGAAGUAUCCUCCUCAGCAAUUAUUUCAUCUUCAUCCCUCACCCACACGCGACCAUGGCUUUUGAGACUGUGACGUCCAUCCCCAAGGAUGCCGACUACGACUUUGUCAUCGUCGGAGGAGGCACAGCUGGCUGUGUCAUUGCCUCGCGCCUCACAGAGUACCUCCCAAACAAGAAAGUCCUCCUAAUUGAGGCUGGCCCAAGCGACUUUAUGGAUGACCGUGUCUUGCUCCUCAAAGACUGGCUCAACCUUCUCGGAGGAGAACUCGACUACGACUACGGCACUACCGAACAGCCCAAUGGCAACUCUCACAUCAGACACUCACGUGCAAAGGUCCUUGGUGGCUGCUCCUCACACAACACACUCAUCUCCUUCAGGCCGUUUGAAUACGACUGCAAGAGGUGGGAGCAGCAAGGGUGCAGUGGAUGGAGCUUCAAGACUUUUAUGCGUGUGCUUGACAACCUCCGCAACACCGUUCAGCCCGUGCACGAAAAACACCGAAAUCAGCUCUGCCUUGACUGGGUCGAAUCAUGCUCAACCUCUUUGAACAUUCCUAUAGUCCACGAUUUCAAUCACGAGAUCAAGACCAAGGGUGCUCUCAAGCCUUCAGUCGGCUUCUUCUCGGUGGCAUACAAUCCUGAUGACGGCCGCCGAAGCAGCGCUAGUGUAGCCUACAUUCAUCCAAUUCUCCGUGGCGAGGAGACUCGCAACAACUUGACCGUCCUUACCAACGCAUGGGUCAGCAAGAUCAAUGUGUCAGGCAACAAAGUCACUGGCAUUAACCUCACCCUUCAGAGCGGCGAGAAGCUCACCCUCAAUCCCAAGUGCGAAACCAUUCUCUGUGCAGGUGCUGUCGAUACCCCACGAUUGAUGCUUCUGUCCGGUCUUGGCCCCAAGCAACAACUCUCCAACCUUGGCAUUCCCGUCGUCAAAGACUUGCCCGGUGUGGGCGAGAACUUGCUCGACCACCCAGAGAGCAUCAUCCUCUGGGAGCUUAACAAGCCCGUUCCUGCAAACCAGACCACUCAGGAUUCAGAUGCCGGUAUCUUCCUGCGACGAGAGGUCCCCAACGCGGCUGGUGACGAUGGUGAGGUUGUUGACCUCAUGAUGCACUGCUACCAAAUUCCUUUCUGCCUGAACACUGCUCGUCUGGGUUACGACUCUCCUAUCGACGCCUUCUGCAUGACCCCCAACAUUCCCCGUCCCCGCUCUCGCGGCCGCCUCUACCUUACUUCUGCCGACCCCAACGUCAAGCCUGCUCUCGACUUCCGCUAUUUCACUGAUCCCGAGGGUUACGAUGCCGCUACCAUCGUCGCUGGUCUCAAGGCCGCGCGAGAAGUCGCCAAGCAAGCCCCAUUCGCCAACUGGAUUAAGCGCGAAGUCGCACCUGGCCCCCACAUCACUUCCGAUGAGGAUCUUUCCGAGUACGGCCGUCGCGUCGCUCACACCGUCUACCACCCUGCUGGUACUACCAAGAUGGGCGACGUCACCAAGGACGAAAAGGCCGUUGUCGACCCUGAACUUAAGGUCCGCGGCCUCAAGGGCGUGCGUAUCGCUGACGCCGGUGUCUUCCCCGAAAUGCCUACUAUCAACCCCAUGUUGACUGUCCUUGGUAUCGGUGAGCGUGCUGCCGAGCUGAUCGCACAAGAGUGGGGUUGGAAGGGUCUGGAGAAGCAGAAGUUGUAAGUGUGGAUUGUGGAGAGAGAAAAAGUAGGCAUUUGACCGGGCCAUUUGUUACGAUUAGAUGAUGAUGUGUGUAUAUUUCCUUUCAUUUCUGUAUAUCUUGAUAGUAGUUAUGAUUGAUAUCUUUGAUGUGCCAGAAUACGACAAUACCCUUUUCACGAGUCAUGCAAUGUUUUGAAUGUAGCAUGUGAUUUGAGUGUUGCAAUUCAAUUACCAUACAAUGAAGG